CUCGCGACUUGCGGCAAUGACGUAGGCGACGCGCCUGCCAGCCCAGUUGACCCCUCCAUGGCUCCAAGCCUGACCUGACCACUAGGCCAGAGCAGCCGUGCCUAGUAUCUAGCCUGCGACGCCCACUCUCCUCUCCUCUCUCCUCCCAUACAUCCACAGUCCGUCGCUCUGGUGUCUCCAGCCCGGCCCGCCCUCUUGAGCACCGUCCCUUCGCUGACUGUCCCGCCAUGUCGCGGCGCUACCCCACAGCCGAGCUCUACGAGGAGCGCCAACGUGACUUCUAUCGCAACGGCGGCCGCAGUGACCGCAGCUACGAUGAGCUGGAUGUCGAGCUCCGCCGCGGCGGAGACCCGCGUCGCAGCGUGCCCGACUUCCUGCACCAGGACUAUGACCGCCGCUCCAAUGCCGGCCAGAUGGUAGUCCGGGAGCGACGCGAAGAGGACUUCGACACGCGGUCGCGCAGAGGCCGCGAGGUCGAGGAGGAUACCCUCGUGGUCCGUGGCAGCCGUCCCGGCCCUCCUUCUAGUGCGAGAGGCCCGGUCGAACGAGACGACAUCAGCAUCCGACACAGCGAGGCCCCGUCCCGCCGUCCGCGAGAGGUCGAACGCGAAGAGGUCGACAUUUCCAUCCGCCAUCGGGACCAGUCGAGGCCGAGAGCACCCCCUCCACCUCGCGAGGUUGACCGUGAGGACAUCAUGUUCCGUCGAGGUGCUGGUGCGCCCCCCAGGCCUCGUGAGGUUGAGAUUGAGCGCGAGGAGGUGAGGUUCCGAGACCGUUCUCCACCGCGGCGCCGCGAAGCCGAGAGGGAAGAUGUCAUUUUCAAGCACGAGCACCGCGAAGACAGCCGCACUGGUCGUGAUGAGCACAAGGACACUCUGGUCAUCAGGAAUCGGGAGAGGAGUCUGCCACCGCCUCGCGUGCGCGGGGAGAUGAUAGCCAGAGAGCGGGAGGAGUUCGUAGUUCGUCGCCGGGAACCCUCUCGAUCCCCACCGCGCCGCGAGCGCGAAGUGAUCAAGGACGAGAUCAUCAUUCGGCGCAAGGAGGAGCGUUCGCCCACCCCGCCUCCCCCUCCCCCUCCACCACCGCCACCAGAGCCGGAGAUCCGACCGCCCAUCAUCCAGGAGAUCAUCACGCAUCACAGGCACAUUGACCAUGGAGUCGAGCGAGCUAGAUCGCCAACCCCGCCACCACCUCCUCCAUCUCCUCCUCGAGAGGAAAGCCUGGAGAUUUCGAUAAGACGAAACCAGAGCCGUGGCCGCGGUCGAGAUUUUGAGGAAGACAUUACUUACGAGCGUGAGACCAUCGAACGAACAGGUCGCGAGACAGACAUAAGUCUGCGAGAGUCGCGGUCUCUCAGUCGACCAAGACGCGCCCGCACCGCACCGAUCGACUCGGACUUUGACCAGGAGGCUGAAUACUACAACCGCAAGGCCAUGGAGCGUGGUUUCCCGGGCGAGGCGUACAAUGGAGCUACCAAGGACUGGGCCAUCGUAGAUGUGCCUCCAGGCACCAACCGCGUCCGCAUGGAUGGCAUUGGUGGUGGAGCGCAGGAGAUCACAUGGCAACGCUACAAUGGCGUACGCCGCUCCAAGUUCAUCAGCGGAGACGAGGAGAUUGCGACGGACUUUGGAACCCCUGCCCCUGUGAAGGGGAGGCCCAAAGACAUGUGGACAGAGAUCACCAAGGAUCUUGUGCUCAAAGAAGCCAUCGACUCAAUGGGUUACGACUACGAGGAGACGGAUGACUUCUUCUAUGUCAUGGAGUAUUUGCGCUACGAGGAUGUUCUUCAACUCGUGGAGAUUUCCGACGACAUUCGCCGCCGACGCAAAUCCCGCAUACGCCAGAUUGAGUAUGAGCGUGAAGAGAUUCGCGACCGUCGACCGCGCGAAUGGGACGAUCGCUACUCUGAGCACGAGUUUGUCCUCGAUCGCCAGCGGACCCGGUAUCGCUAGAUGACUUGUACC